AUGCCUUCCUUCAAGAACUCCGCCGUCCUUUCCGCCAUUGCUGGCGCUGCCUCCGUCAUGGCCCACGGUCACGUCAACUACUUCACCGACGGCUCUGAGCAGUUCGCUGGUUACGACGUCACCUCGCUCCCUUACAUGAGCAACCCCCCCGACGUCUACGGCUGGAAGAACACCGCCACUGACAACGGCUUCGUCGACCCCACCACCUACACCGGUCCCGAUAUCAUCUGCCACAAGAACUCCGCGAACGCCAAGCUCACCGCCAAGGUCGCCGCUGGUGACAAGCUCCAGAUCUUCUGGAACACCUGGCCCGAGUCUCACAAGGGUCCCGUCAUCGACUACCUCGCCUCCUGCGGCACUGACUGCUCUACCGUCGACAAGACCACCCUCGAGUUCUUCAAGAUCGCCGAGGCCGGUCUCAUUGACGCCACCGCCAACAAGUGGGCUUCCGAUGAGCUUAUCGCUGCCAACAACUCCUGGGCUGUCACCAUCCCCACUUCCCUGAAGCCCGGCAACUACGUUCUCCGCCACGAGAUCAUUGCCCUCCACUCCGCUGGUCAGCAGAACGGUGCUCAGAACUACCCCCAGUGCCUCAACAUCGAGGUCACCGGUUCCGGCUCCGAUCUUCCCGCUGGCACCAAGGGUGAGGCCCUCUACACGCCCACCGACCCCGGUAUCCUCAUCUCCAUCUACAACAGCUUGAAGUCCUACUCCAUCCCCGGCCCUGCCCUCCCCUCCGUGUUCGGUGGCUCUGGCUCUGGCUCUGGCUCUUCCGGCUCUGGAUCCUCUGCCGCUCCCGCCCCUUCCUCUCCUGCGGCUGCCUCUCCCGCCCCUGCUGCCCCUUCUGCUCCCGCUGCCAGCACCACUGCUGCCGCUGACGCUGCCCCCACCCCCUCCCCUACCUACAGCUCCGUCCCCGCUCAGCAGCCUACUCCCACUGGCAAGGCUUCCUGCGCGGAGAAGCGCAAGCGCAGCCUGGCCCGCCGCAUGGCCCGCCAGCAUGCCCGUGACGUCGUUCGCCGCGUUUAA